AUGUUUGUUUGUGGUAGGAAGCUCACGACAACUGAAAUGGGAAGGGGACAUUUUCCUCCACAAGGAUUUGGAAAAGCUGGGUACUUCAGGAAUCUUCAAGCUGUUGAUGGAUCCAAGAAGCUGGAGGAACCUACAAAUAUUGGCACUUCUGUUUCCCAAUCAAAAUGCUAUGAUAUCCAAACAGGCAAAGAGGGUGAUUGGGAUUAA